AUGAACAAUCUUCGCUCAUCCCUUAUUAAGGCCCGUAUUGGCAAUCGUUCUUUGGCUGCUAAUAGCUCCAUCGUCGGUGCUACUAGUCGUGUUGGCGGUGUUCGCCUCUCAAUUAUGCAAAACCGUGCUUAUUCUUCCGAUCGUCCCAGAAAAGGAGGAGCUGGAGGCCUUAAACUUUUAACCUUGCUUGGUCUCGGUGGAGCUGCAGGAUACUAUUAUAAUUCUACUCAGUCUUUCAAGACGAAGACUGCCCCAGUCACGGAAACUGAGACUAAGAGUAAGACUGCCCCUGCUGCAAAGACAGAAAAGAAAAACAUUGAUUACCAAAAGGUGUAUAAUGAUAUAGCAGAAAUGCUUGAUGAGGACCCAGAGUACGAUGAUGGAUCCUAUGGCCCCGUAUUGUUUCGUCUUGCAUGGCAUUGUUCUGGCACCUAUGAUAAGGAAACUCAAACUGGCGGAAGUAAUGGUGCUACCAUGAGAUUUAAGCCUGAAGCCACUCACAGCGCAAAUAAUGGUUUGGAUAUUGCCCGUGAUUUAUUGGAGAAGAUCCACCAGAAAUACCCUGAAAUCAGUUAUGGUGAUCUUUGGACCUUGGCAGGUGUUUGUGCUGUUCAAGAAUUGGGCGGUCCUACUAUCCCUUGGAGAGCUGGUCGUCAAGAUGCUUUAGAGGCUUCUAAAUGCACACCAGAUGGUCGUCUUCCUGACGCCACAAAAAAAGAGGACCAUGCUCGUGAUGUCUUUCAUAGAAUGGGUAUCAACGAUCGUGAAAUCGUUGCUUUAAUUGGUGGUCAUACUUUAGGCCGCUGUCAUCUUGAUCGUAGUGGAUUUGAUGGACCAUGGCAAGAGGCUCCUACUUUCUUUAGCAACGAAUACUACAAGGCUUUAGCUAACCGUACAUGGAUUAAGAAGAAUUUGGAAAGCGGUCAAUGGCAAUGGGUCGAUAAAGACAAUACUGUUGUAAUGAUGCUGCCUAUUGAACUCUCCAUGUAUAAUGAUAAGGGAUUCAAGAAGUACUACGAUUUAUAUGCCAAAGAUCAAGACGUAUUUUUCAAGGAUUUUGCAGCUGCUUUCAAGAAGCUUAUUGAAUUAGGCGUUCCUUUCACAGGUGAUGAGAAGGUUUACGAAUUCAAGAGAACCACCGAAUAA